AUGUCCGCGGAUGAUUUGCACGCCAAAAUGCUGGAGGGGCCCAAGGCCAAGCUCUUCACGUACGCGGAGGUGGCCGACCUCGUGGACGUAGCAGGCGAGAAGCUGGAGGCGUGGAUCGCGGAGCUACACAACUCGUCCAGAGUCAAGGUGCUGGAGCAGGGAGGACAGGUGAUGCUGCAGGCCGUGUCGAUCGAGACGGCUGACAUUGUAUCCAAGCUCACGUCUGACGAGUACAUUGUGUACAACUACAUUGCAGAGUCGGAGCGUGACGGCAUCUGGGUGCGGACCAUCACAGCCAGGUCCAACUUGCACAUCAACGUGGUCCACCGAUGUCUCAAGUCGCUGGAGCAGCAGCACAUCAUCAAGAUGGUCAAGAGCGUACAGCAGAAGACGCGGAAAAUGUACAUGCUGUACAACCUGCAACCCUCGGCUGAGCUCACAGGAGGUCCCUGGUUUUCCGAUGCCGAGCUCGAUUCCGAGUUUGUCGAUCUGCUGCUCGACGUGGUCUACCACUACUGCGAGGAGAACACAAACCUGGCGCUCGGGGCCAACGCACCACCCGUGCAUGUCACAGACAUCAAGCAGUUCAUUGUCGACCAGGAGGUGUCACGAGUGGAGCUGGAUGAGGGCCAUAUUCGAAUACUGUGCGAGGUCUUGGUUUACGAUGACCGUCUGGAAAGAUGCAAGGCAGGAUACAAGGCGACUCUCAAUGGCGAUCUUCCCGACGAGGAGCUGCCAAAAGACGCUUACACCGAGUCUGUUUGUGGCCAGUGUCCUGUCUUCAACGUGUGCAGCGCCGGAGGACCGGUGGAUGUGGAGUGCAGCUACUUUGACGAGUGGUUGGAUUAA